CCCUCGACCCCUAUAGGUAUACCCUCGUCCGCAGCCCUUCCUCGAACAUCCAGAGCAACAUUCCCUUCCCAGUCCAGUUAGCAGCAAGCACGACAUCACAUCCGCCCGCCCACCAUGUCCUACUCCCUCUACGACGCCUCCGUCGUCCUCGCCCGCGACGCCCUCGCCUCCCUCACCUCGGUCCUCAAAAAGGGCGAGGCCCACGCCGCCGCCGACAGCCUGCCCGAGGCGCGCCUCUACCCGGACAUGCUGCCGCUGGCCUUUCAGGUGUACAUGAUGACCGACACGGCGUCCAAGAUGUGCGCGCGCCUGUCGGGCGAGGAGCCCGCGGUGCUCGAAAACAACCUCAAGACGUUUGCCGACUUCCACGCCCGCAUCGCCCAGGUCGAGGCCAUCGUGGCCAAGGCCGACCAGGCCACCGUCAACGCCCGCGCCGCCGAGGUCGUCACCAUCGGCCUCGGCCCCGGCAAGUCGGCCCCCAUGGCCUGCUCCGCCUACGUCAACGGCUACGCCCUGCCCAACAUCUUCUUCCACCUGACGACGGCCUACGGCAUCCUGCGCAAGGAGGGCGUGCCCCUGGGCAAGACGGACUACCUGGUGGCCUUUGUUGGCAAGCACGUGUCGCGGUAGAUGAUGCACGGGGUGGGGUCGCGAGCGAAGAGCUAGAUGGAAAUAUUCAUGAAUCUGCCGUCUCAGGACGAAUGGGCCGAUCCGGCUGGUGUUGAUGUGCAUGUGCAGUGGCAGUGUCGCCAGAAUUUCCCAAGUAC